UUUUUUCAGGCGAGAAUUGAUGUAACUUUUCCGGAGUUUGUGAGUAAACCAGGAGAAGAUUUUACCAUGGAAUAUCCCACCAAUGGACAGAGAGAGCAUGGAGGAAACGUGAAUCUUCACUCUAGCUUGCAAACUGCCAGUGAUCCAAUGAAGGAUUGUUACAGCAACGAUAUCGAAAGCCCAGAGAUUGAUUGUACGAUUAAAGAAGAACUUUUGAAGUGUAUUCCACUAAAAGGACAGACUACUGGGCAGAACUUGUUUUCUUCUUUUGAAAAUAUUAUUUCUUCUGAGAAAAUUCCAAUAUCGAAAAUGGUCGUCUUGACAACCGAUGGCGCUCCAGCUAUGAGGUUUUCAUUGAGGUUGAGGUUUAUUUGCGACAGAUUAUAUUAUAAAUAUAAAGUGUUAAAGCGCUUAUUUAAUACAAUAAGCAAAAUAAUAUUCAAUAAUACAUAUUUCUAUUCUUAUAUGUUCCUUCUCCCAAACGAAAGAGACCAUGUAACCACGCCUACAAAAUAUAGAUACAAAGGAUUUGAUGUAACAUAUCAGGUAGUUAUCAAAAAGGAUGGAAACAUUUUCAAUAUUACAAUCAAUGCAACACUCUGA